GUCACCGCACACGCCGCGAGAUCAUAAUGGAUUCCCCAGAACCCAAAGCCAAAGCUUGUAUGGGAAAAAGGAGCGCCGUCCAGCCGAUGACGCGGCACGGUGCCCCCCACUCGGCAUUUAUAUGUGAAGCCAUGGCGUGACUUUGGAGAUCAUGGUUUUUAUCUGAUCUGCCUUGCUUCGAGUCUGGACUGUGGACUCUUCAGUUGCUGCAGCAGAUCGUGCAUUGUUCCAAUCUCAAAACAUGAUGCGAGUCCGAUUUAGACUGCAGCUCUGCCUUGCAGCUCUCAUCACCAACACAUUUUCGUAUGCGGCCCCGGAAAUCUCAAAUCACAUCUUCAAUGCUAUUCACUCCUCUAUGCGACAAUGGGGGUCGUCGCUGAACCAUAAUGGCAUGUCCUUCUUCCUGGCUACAGUACCUGAAGGGACCGAACUCUACCACGGUGACUGGCGCUCUGACCCAAUUCAAGGACCCGAGUGGUUGGCCUUCGAGCCUGAGCAUGCUUUGGUGUUCACCCAUCCGUUUCCUCAUAACCCGCCUCCUAGAGAUGGCCCGCCGCAGCCUCCUCCGCCCUUGCAGCUGCAACAGGUUAUGGAGAAGCCAAACCAGGCAGAGGAUGGAUUUCUGCAUACGUUUGCUGCUGCAAAGGAUUUGCGUUUAUUGUACGUUGAUGGCAUGUCUGCUGGAAAGACGCAGAAUGGCACCAUGGACUCACAGGACCAUGUCUUAUUCCUGCACGGGCUUGGAGACGGGGGAGGAGGCAUGUUUGAUGAGAUGGCACGGGCGAAGCUCUUUUGUCAAAUGGUACAGGAGAAAUGGGACGGGCGUUUGGACGGGAUGGUCCGCAUGGAAGCUGGGUUCGAAAUCAUAUUGUGCGAUUUCGCCCGAGACCUCGAAGUGCUCCGGGUAACCCGGGUACGGGCGAGCGAGAAAGGGAUGCCAGGAGAUCGGAUCGGGCAGCAUGCUGGGAAAAUGUGGCUUCCUGCAGUGGCUUCUCGAUAUUGGAACAUCGGCGGCGACCGCGUGAUACUAAACUACGAACAUUUCGUAACCGCUUAUCUUUACGAGCUGGAUCUAUUUCCGGAGGGCGGCAAUCUUCCGAGACUUGAACAUCUCCCGUCUGAUCAGCUAGAGCGUAUUCGGCGGGACUUGGAUGCCUUGAUUCUGGACCACGAGCCCAACGAACCAUCCGUCGAUUGGCAGGCUGUGGCGGACAUGGUGGUGGAGCGGUAUGGGAACCGACUCCGGUACCUGGCGUCUGGCCAGGCCCCAACGCUGCAGCUGUUGCAGCAGGAAAUUGAAGACGCGCUCACUCCUUUUAUCGACUACGACCAACGAAACAGCUCAAUCGAGGUGGAGCGCUGCUCUAGGCAAUUUAUCAGACGAUCAACGACUGUCACAUCGGUCGCGGGCAACGCGGUGCUCUCUGUGUCACGCAGCGUAUGCGCAACCCUGCUAGAAGCACUACAGCAAACAAACUAUCAUACGGCCGUCAACCAGAUCCAGGGUCUGAUGAGAUAUCUGUCCUGGACUACAUGGAAAGACUGUAACGGCUGCGGUGACCACGAGAUUUGUAUGAUUCCCAUGUGGCCAAUGGGUACAGUCAAUGAUUACAAACACCCGCAGUGCCGCGACUUUUCUCAACUCAACGGGGACGGACCAAGGUACUGGGGAGAAAAUCCUCGGCGGCGGAUAUCCGCAUUACCCCUGCCCCUUUGAGAGCAGGUGGUUGGCUGGGUUCCUGAAGAACUGGCGAUUGAUCCUUCUCGGGGUGACUAUUGUUCCUUUCUCCAUCAGCUAACUUUCAAGUUCCCCCUGCGUAAGCGUCUGCGCGAUAGAGAGGCCAAGUCACAGUCGGUGAGCGUCAAGGGAAGCCGGUGGUUGGGCAUGAAACCUCCGCCUCUUUGUGAUGAUUAUCAGGGGCUCACGGGCUCGGGGAGCGACCUGACUGAACAACAUGAUCAAAGGAAUCAGCGGAGACCGGCUAUCAAACAAGCUUGUCAAGAGGCCUCGCAAAACUCCGGAGACCACAAACGCCGGAAUUCCAGAGACUCGACGACAGAUUCGAUAAGUCGCAAAACUAAGCCAACGCCAAUCUUAGCGGCAGCCAAUCCCCGGAUCGCCCGGGCGCCACUGCAAAUAGUCAAUGCACCAGCUGCAGAUCCCCAAAACAAAGAAAACUAAAGAAACUUCAACCUCGAGAUUUGGAUCUGUGCGUCUGUACGACCUGUCGAGCGCUGCUGCUCUGCUUUUGGGGAACCAUUGCCAUCGUUCCUGCACCAUUGGCAGCCACAUUUGGAACUGAGCGGCGGUGGGCCAGGACUUGUCGUUUCCUGAGUCGCCCGAAGUGCUUGGUCAAAGACUGCCAAAUUCUCUAUCCAUGUUCCAGAUGCCUGCUCAGUCAACUCCGCUGCUGGUGCGCAAAAAAGAGAGCCUGCAUUAGUUAGGCAGGAACCCAUCACAAUUGCAGUUCCGAUAGGCUCCCUGAUUCAGGUACGACUGUGACUGAGCGAAGGCAGGCAAAGCUGCCCACUGCUCCGUACUGGCUGGGCUGAAAGCUCCAAGCUCCUGUCAGCGGGGGCGUUCUUUCUGGUUCGAAUAGCCGAGUUGGUCGACAGCCAUGGGAGAAUAAACUGGAAUAGUCGGUUUAGUCAAUGCUAGGCGCAACUCCCUAUCAUGGGUCUGGGCCUGGACGAAGAUAAUGAAGAGCAAGGGGGAAACGCCGCUGAGCAGUAUAAAUACGGGCUUGAGCAGCUUCCUUUCCAGCUCUUGUCUUUCCUUGACGAUCGUUUCGACCUAGGUCCAUUCUUUUGUUUGCUUUAUUCUGCUUUACCUUCUUGAUCUACGUUCAGCGUUUAUACCCAAGAUGAAGGCUUCUGUGAUCACUGCUGUCACCUGGGCCGCCUGCGUUAUGGCCGGGCCCAUUGGUCUAAGCGCCCGCCAGAAUGAGCGUGGCGGCGACUGCCCUUGCGAGGUUGAGACCAUCACCAUCACCGUCCCUGCUCCCACUGAGACCAUUGGCGGACCUACCGGUACGACCACUUCUCCCUGCACCGAUACCGAGACUGAGACCGUGACAGUGACAGCUACCAACACCGCUACCGAAACCAACACAGCUACGGAGACCGACACCGAGACCGACACCGAGACCGGUACUGCCACCGAGACCAACACGGCUACCGAGACCAACACCAACACUAACACGGCCACUGAGACUAAC